AAGAAGAAGGCGGUCCGAAAGGGCGGGUUCGCAACGCGCAUGCUCCUACGGGAGAAGGGUUGAAGUACUUAACAAUGCAAAGAAGGGGGUUGAAGACAAUCGAUGUUGGAGAGCAGCAACAGACGGCAAUAUGUUUUCGAUGGAGGAAGAUUAUAUCGACAAUGAGUAUUACACGAUGAAUUUAAAAUUUUUUCGUUUAAUUGGAUUAAACCAAAAUACGUCAUCCAAGAAUAUAAUUCAUAUUUGUUUUAUUAAUUUCAUACUAGCUUUUGCAUUAUUCGAACAGAUUCAUUUUUUCUUCAUCUCUGAAAAAAAAAUAGUAUUGAUCACCAAAUUACUGGAAACGACCUUGCCUAUAUUAUGCUACGGAUCUUGUUAUUGCAAUUUAUUGUUGAAUGAUAGAGUUAUGAAGAAAAUUUUUUCUCGUAUCAAGUCCGAUUGGGAUGACCUAGCAAACAAACCAGAAAUAGUGAUACUGAAGAAAUAUGCUGAAAUUAGUAGACUUUGUACAAUAGUAAUAUCAAUCUCCAUUUAUCUUUACAUUGUAUUUUUGAUAUUUCCUUCAUUGUUAAGUUUGUUUCGUUACGUCAUUGGUUCUAUAAGUGAAACUGAAAUAAUAUUACCAGUUCGUAUUGACUCUAUCAUGAACAACCGAAUGCUUUAUUACAUCAGGCUUACAAUCCAAUAUGUAAUUAUAUUAAUCACGGGCACAAUAGGGAUUGCUAACUAUUCCAUGUUUAUAGUAGUUAUCCAGCAUGCUUGUGCACUUCUUACCAUCGUCCAAUGGAGAGUAAUUGAAAUAUUUUUAAAGAAUAAACAAAAUUUCUAUUAUUCAAGUAAUAAAUGUGAAUUAAUCGAUGAAAGAGAAAAGAUAAUCUAUAUCAUAAAAUUCUAUAAUAACGCGAUCGAAUUUAUUAAUUUAUUUAAAUCGUUUUACGAAUCAAUUCAUCUACUCGAAGAAUUAUUUGGAUUUAUAUGUGUUAUUUCUUUCAGGUAA